AUGCAGUCGCUCAUUCUGGCUGCCUCCGUGGCCGGCCUGUCGGCCUAUGCCCUUCCGUCCAACGCCACCGUGACGGCCUCGCCCAAUAUCGUGUACACCACGGAAGUUGUCACGGCUCUCACCACCUACUGCCCUGCCUCGACCACCCUCACCUUCAACUCCAAGACGUACACAGUCACCUCGGCGACCACGCUGACCAUCACCGACUGCCCUUGCACCGUUCACAAGCCCGUCCCCACCGGACACGCUCAGGAUGAGUGUGCCAAGAAGUGCUCCAAUGCUCUGUUCGAGUGCAAGGCCAAGCCUGAUGCCAACCAGUCUUCUUGCGUGUCCGAGUACAACAGCUGCCUAGGUUUCCAGGCCAUUGGCGGCGGCAAGGCUGAUUACUAUCCCUCUGCCUGCUCCAAGGGCGACAACCCUCCCGCUCCUACCGGCACCGGCCAUAACCAGGAUGAGUGCGCCAAGAAGUGCUCCGAUGCUCUGUUCGAGUGCAAGGCCAAGCCUGAUGCCAACCAGUCUUCUUGCGUGUCCGAGUACAACAGCUGUCUCGGCUUCCAGGCCAUCGGUGGCGGCAAGGCUGACUACUAUCCCUCCGCCUGCUCCAAGGAGGGUACCAACCCUCCGGCCCCUACGGUACCGGCCACGCCCAGGAUGACCGAUGCCAACCAGUCUACCUGCGUCUCCAACUACAACAGCUGUCUCGGCUUCCAGGCCAUCGGUGGUGGCAAGGCCGACUACUACCCCGCCGCUUGCUCCAAGGAGGGUAACACUCCCGCUCCCACCGGCACCCCCGGUCAAGGCCAAGGUCAGACCCCUCCUUCCGGUCAGGGCCAGACUCCUCCUUCCGGUCAGGGUCAGACUCCUCCUUCCGAUCAGGGUCAGACUCCUCCUUCCGAUCAGGGCCAGACUCCUCCUUCCGGUCAGGGCCAGACUCCUCCCGCUGGUCAGGGUCAGGGUCAGGAUGAGUGUGCCAAGAAGUGCGUUGCUGCUCUGGGCGACUGCAAGGCUCAGCCUGGUGCCAACCAGUCCUUCUGUGUUUCUUCCUACAACAACUGCCUCGGCUACGAGGCUAUUGGCGGUGGAAAGGCCGACUACUCCCCCUCGGCCUGCGCGCCCAAGGCCACCGGCACCGGUGCCACGGCUGUUCCCACUGUCCCCGUGACUGUUGGUGCUGCCGGCAUUGUCCGCCCCGUCAGCCUGUUCGUCCUUGGCGCCGUGCUGCUUCUGUAA